AUGGAGGCUUGUCCGCCAGACAUGGUUCUUGAGAUCUUAAGCUGGGCGUCUCUGAAAGAAUUGGAUCGGUGCAAGUUAGUCAGCAGGAGCUGGAACAGUCUCGUCUACGACUCCACCUUCAAUCGCCUUCACUGCCAGAGAACCAGCGCUGUCUUCGGCUUCUUCGUCCAAAACUUGGUCUCCAAUACGCAUUCCUCCGAGUUCGUAGCCAUGGAUCAAUCCCGCCCAGUCAUCAAUCUGUCGCUCGAUUUCCUGCCUCGCCCCGUCAAGAUCGAGGCGUCCACCAACCACGGCCUUCUCUGCUGCACCGACCAAGAUCGCGGCUCCACAUUCUACGUCUGCAAGCCCAGCACUCGGCAAUGGCGCUCGCUUCCCUCUCCCAAGAUGCGAUACUUCACCGGCAACGUCGCCAUGGCCGUGCUCCGCUCCGAUCCCUUGCGCUUCAAGAUUCUCCGCCUGUGCAAGAAUUACCGGUCAAGCAGCUGCCACUACUACAACAAUUUCCAAUGCGAAAUCUUCGACUCCGACACCUGGGCAUGGCGAGAGCAGGAUGACGUCCUAUUGCCGCCCGACGCCGUACUACUAGGCGGUGAACCCGCCGCCGCCGCCGCCGGUGCAGUGCACUGGCUGAUGAGCAACAACCACGUAUUCGCUUUCGACAUGGACAAAGAGAGCUACUCCGUCUUUCCACUGCCGAAGCCCGUGGUGGCCGAGGAAGACGAAUUCCGGUUCCGAGCAAAGCAGCUGGCGGUGUACAAAGGCCGGCUGGCCUUCAUCUGCGGAGCAGCCGGCCACGAAGAUGAUUUGAAGGUUUGGGAGAUGGAAGACUACUACAAGAAGAGAGCGUGGACGAGAAGAGAGGCGCUGAGCGUCAGAGCUCUGAGAGCCGCGGGUGUCGAUGUGCCCGAGCCUCGUUGCGUGGGGUUCUGCAACGCCGAUGUUGCAGUGGUGAAAGGCGUCGGCAGCGUGAUAUUCUACAGAUUCGGCGACGCCAGCUUCAGUGAAGUGAAGCUCAAUCAUCAUUUGGGUCCCCGCCAGGUGUUUCCUUUCCGAUCGGAUUCGGAUCCAAUUGUCUUCAAAGCCACCGUCUCGUGA